AUGAUGUUCAAGACUUUGUCCGCGUUAUCGUUCCUGGGUAUCGCUCUUGCCUAUACACCCGCCCCCGGAGGAACAGCAUCCUGCUGGACCUUCCCGCCCGUUUCCACGAGUUCAACGCCAUCGCCAUCGCCUAUCCCGGAUGCUCAGCCAGUGUGGGCUCAAUGCGGCGGUGUCAAUUACGCGGGCCCGACAGUCUGUCAGCCCGGUCUAUAUUGUCACGAGUACAACGAGUUCGGCCAGUACUACGACGACUCCGCCCACGUGUACGGAAUCGAGCAACUCGACUGCCACGCCAUCUUCAUCCCCUCCCCUGGGUUCAACGGGGACAGCGACGUGUUGGACGGUGACGAUAACCCCGACGGCUACCCCAACAUACGUCCUUCCUAUCCCAGACGCCGUGCCAUUGGUGAGUUGUCGUCGUCAUGCGCCAUAGAUCUUCACGCACCUCAUUCUGACCACCGUCGCCCGAAUAGUACCAGCAAUGCGGCGGCGAAGGCUACGCGGGCCAAACUGUGUGCAUCCCCGGUGCAUAUUGCCAUGAGCAUAACCAGUGGUACUCGCAGUGCCUUCCGGUCGUGGCAACGUCAACAGGCACGACUCAACCGCCGCAGACAGCCGUCGUUUGCACGUAAUUCGUCCUUCAGGGAGAGGAACUAUCAUAUCAGUACAUACAAGUAG